CAUCUGGAGGGGCCACGUGACUCUGCCCAAAGUUUGGCUGAAGCUCCUCUCUUGCCCUCCUCCUCUAUAAAAGAAGAGAGCAGCCUCUGAGUCUGGCAGCUGGAGAGAGGGAGCCAUGGCGAAGGUGGGAGCACUCAGAAAGGGACACUCGCCUGCAGUCAAAGCUGGAGGCAAGAGAGUUUCCAAGAAGAUGGAAAAUGCACCUGCAGAAAAAAAUUCCAAAUCAUCUGGGAAGGAGAAGACAAACUCUGCUAAUAUCCUAAAGAUGCAGAGUAUGAGUGUCUUGCUGGCAGACACACUGGAUAAACUUGCACAUAAACUUCCACCAGCUGCCUCACAAGUAGCACAUCAAAAGCCACGACCCACCCUGGAGAAGAUUAUACUGCCCAAAAGAAUGUGCAUUAUUCAGCAGCCAUGGAAAUGUUAAAAAGAUGUAUAAUAAAAUAUUCAUAUAUUUGAAAGACGUACUCUUAACAAAACAGUACUUAGCUAAGCAAGCAGUAAAUGGACCAAAUGGUUCAGGUAGUUUCUACUUUGUAUUUUUCUUGCAAUAAAACUAUAUAUUCACUUGUUUU